AUGGAAUCCAAUACACAGACCGACACGCAGCUCAGCGGCGUGGAUCACCUGGCGCAUGAAGAGCGAGAAAACUUGAGUCUGUGGAAUAAACAUAUCCCAGCAAGCACAGAACAAUGUAUACAGGUUCUGUUUGAGGAUCGAGCCCAUCAGCAGCCCCAGGCUCCUUCUAUCUCAUCGUGGGAUGGUGAAUUGACGUACGAAAUGCUGGAUUCACUGGCGUCGCGGCUUGCAUACCAUCUUGUACAGCUCGGGGUUGGCCCUGAGAUUCUUGUGCUUCUAUGCUUCGAGAAGUCAAAGUGGGCGAUUGUGGCGAUUCUUGCAGUUUUAAAGGCCGGGGGCGCUUUUGUUCCCAUGGAUCCCAACCACCCACCUCAGAGACAGGAAACCAUCAUAAGUCAGAUAAACCCAAAGAUUCUACUCGCAUCAUCCUCAUUUGCAUCCAAAUGCACUCACAGGAUCGAAAACAUCAUCGCAGUAGAUGAAACAUUGAUGCAAAACCUGGCCAAAUCCGUCAUCAGCCAACCACUUGGGCAAAGGAGCCAGCCAAGCAACUUAGCAUACAUGAUAUUCACAUCUGGAAGCACCGGACUACCAAAGGGGGUGAUGAUAGAACAUUCAGCUUUCUGUUCAAGCUCCCUGGACCACGGUCAAGUUUUGGGUUUCAAUGAGGAGUCACGAGUAUUACAGUUUUCCUCUUUUAUCUUUGAUGUUUCUGUCAUGGAUAUUCUGACAACUCUGAUCUUCGGAGGCUGCAUUUGCAUUCCAUCGGAUGAUGACCGGAUGAACGACAUUGCUGGAGCCAUGAACCGCAUGCGUGUCACGUUAGCCACUCUCACACCAUCCAUUGCCCACCACCUCCAACCAGAUGGCGUGAAGAACCUCCGCACUCUGGCCUUGGCUGGUGAAAAAGUGCCAAAUGAAACUGUUCAGAGAUGGUCAAAUCGAGUUGAGCUCAUCAACGCCUACGGCCCUACUGAGUGUGCCGUGCUUUGUGCAGCUUUCAGAUACAACCUUGCUUCUGUUGCCCCGGCCACCAUAGGCCGAGCGAUGGGCUCGAUCUCCUGGAUCGUCGAUCCUGAGAACUCCAACAGACUGGCACAUGUGGGUGACGUGGGGGAGCUUCUCAUUGAAGGGCCAAUCUUGGCACGCGGCUAUCUUAAUAACGCCAAAGCCACCACUGCUUCCUUCAUCACUGAACCGCUCUGGCGCUCAUCAUUUGGGGCUUCAAGCAAACCACGAAGAAUGUAUAAGACGGGCGAUUUGGUUCGAUACAGCAAGGAGGGUGAUUUGAUCUAUUUGGGUCGCAAAGAUUUUCAGGUCAAAAUUCACGGGCAGCGGGUCGAGCUGUUUGAAAUUGAACACCACAUCCAGAAACUUUUGCCGGAACAAAAGCAGGUUGCUGUGGAUCUUGCUUGUACCUCAGAUGGGAGUGGAGAUCUUCUGAUAGCCUUCAUAUGCGUUGGGGAGGAUUGGGGCUGUGAAUGGGUCGGAAGCCACAUCAAGAUGAUACCAGAAGCUGGAAAGCGAUUUCGAGAUCUCGUGCAACAUCUCGAAGACGAAUUGAGGCAAACUUUGCCCGCGUACAUGAUACCUGUGCUUUUCAUACCGCUUCCAAGAUUGCCGUUGACGGUAUCGUCCAAGAUCGACCGCAGCGAGCUUCGAAAAUUAAUAUCCCAGAACUCGCACGCCACCCUCGCAGCCAUCCUUGGGAAUCGUGGGACUGCAUCCAGCCAAGCCCUUACCACUCAGGAAGCGGCGAUGGCCGCCCUGUGGUCUAGUGUGUUGCCGAUUCUGGCCAAUCAAAUCCUCCCCGAUGACAAUUUUCUCAAACUUGGGGCCGAUUCGUUGACUGCUAUUGGACUGGUUGCCGCGGCGCGACGGCAGGGAAUGCGGCUAACCGUAGCUGACAUCUUCAAAAAGCCCCAAUUGCGUGAAAUGGCCCUCAUUCCGGAGCUGAACCAAGGUUUGAGUGUUACCACAGUUGCUCCUUUUUCUAUACCAAUAGACGGAGUAGCAGCUGGUUCCCUGCUCGAUGAGGCAAGCACAUACUGUUCGCUCCCACCGGAGUUGAUCGAGGACAUUUACCCAUGCACACCAUAUCAAGAGGAACUCUGGAUGGAAUCACUUCAAUAUACACGCCGACACUGCGUUCAACGUAGGUUUGCAUUAUCUGACGAGUUGAAUAUUGAUGCAUUCCGAUCUGCUUGGUCCGGAGUUCCAUGCUCAGCACUGGAACAUCGAAUUUUUCAAUCGUCGCGUGGCCUCGUUCAAGUUGUCCCAAAGACCCCUGCAUCAUGGACCUCCUCCACAGAUCUCCAUGCUACACUAGAAGAUCACAAGAAGAAGAUCGGGAUUCCUGGCAGUCCACUGAGCCUCUGUACUAUUGUGGAGGACCAGAGCAGCUCAAAGAAGAUUUUUGUAUGGACCGCACAUCACGCGAUGUAUGACCGAUGGUCAGUCUCGCGGUUUUUUGAGCAGGUUGCGAAACUCUACGAACAAAUUCUGAAGCAAAAGUUGGAGCAAGCUGUGGCGGUGAAUUUCAAUACACUCGUACAACAUGCAACGCAAAUAAACCGAGCUGGAGCAGAGUCAUUUUGGCGUUCUCAUUUGGCCGGUGCCAAUUGCAAACCCGUCAUCCAAGUCCCCACGGGUAUAGUCCCUACCGCGGACUCGGCCCUUGAAUAUAAGUUUCCAUCUCCUAAACUUACAUCAGACUUCACAACUGCCACGAAGCUAUACGUCACCUGGCAAGUGCUUGCUGGAAAGAUUACACAAUCAGCCGACGUAGUGUCCGAAAUUACUUUAGCUGGUCGUAAUACUCCAGUCGCCGAAGUGGACAGACUUCUCGGUCCUGCUAUUGCAGUGGUACCUCUGCGAACGAAGCUUAGUGAACAUGGGACAGUUUACGACCUCCUGAGCAUUGUUCAGAACCAGAUGCUUGAAUCUGUACCCUUUCAGUAUUUUGGAUAUAAGAACAUCUGCGGUCUCAGCGAUGAGGCAAGACUGGCUUGUAUUGGUGCAGUACCUGUGGUUAUCCAGUCAUCUGAUAUGAGCUGGGGUCCUUACAUAGGGUAUUAA